GCGUACGUGCUUAGCAACGAGAAGCGAAACUUUGGGGGAAAUUUCACACCAUUUCCCGAAUUUUAAGACAAAAAUAUUAAUCGGAUGCUGUUGUUCAUAUUAAUGAAAAGAAUUUUCAAAUAGAGAAUGGAUUCAGUCGGAACAUUAGAUGUCAAAUGGGCACAGGGUUACAAUGGCUCCCAGGCAAGUUUUGUCAACAAGAACACGCUCUGUCACGUGUGUGGAAACAACAUCAAAUUUAUUGACAUCACCAAUAACAAGGAGACGGUCUUCCCUUCACCUGGGGAUGGAGUGGGCGCCCUCGCUGUCAGCGGAACUCAGCAUCUGAUAGCCUUCUCGGAGAUGUGCCUCAACCCAAGGAUCUUUGUUUAUUCUUAUCCAUCCCUCGCCAAGCGAGCAGAAUGUAAAGGGGGAGCAAAGUUAGAAUACUCGGCCAUCGCUCUCUCCUACACACAUCCAUACAUGGUGAGCUGCUCGGGGAUUCCAGAAUUCUCUGUGUUUCUGUGGAACUGGGAGUCUGGACAGCUUCUGGUUACUGAGAUGAUGAACGGCUUGAGUGCAACCCAAGUCUCCUUCAACCCAACCGACUGGCAUAAACUGUGUGUGGUAGGACCUAAACAGCUCAAUGUAUGGACCAUUGAGCAAGCUGAUACCAUGUAUCACCUGACUCCAAGCAAAUUCACCCUUCCCUAUGAGAACGGCCCCGACGCUACCACGCCCCACCCUCGACUACCAAGCCGGGCAGCCUCUCACUAUACAGCUAUCCCGUAUGAUUUGGAGCUGGAUGACGCAGCUGUGGCCGGACUGGUGGGCGACCUCGCUGUCGAUUUCGAUGCAGGAAUCUUUGAUGAGAACAGUAGAAAGGUCGUCCCUGCUUCGCAUUGCUGGACACCAACUGGCGAUCUGUUUUGUGGCUGCCAAGAGGGUCAACUCCUGAAGGUGGAUACCGAGUUGAACCACAUCAGAACCCUUGCCCGACCUACCGCCAGCACCACCAGUCUAAGGAGGGAAGUGUCACUCCUCAGCACUCUGGACAAACGCAUGCCUAGCAUGCCAGAAGAUGGUGAAGACAAAUCUGUAAACCCUGGUUCCGUUCUAACCGAGGGAAGCAUGGCUGCUCUGGCUCUUCACCGCGACGGUCUGUUCUGUGGGGGAGACGAUGGGAUUCUGAGAUGUCUGGAUAUCACUAAGAACGUGGUCCAGGUCCAGGAUAGUUUCACGAUAGGCUGCCCGAUCUCAUCGCUAGGCUGGUCUACGACCUACACCAAGCUUGCCGUUGGCAGUUCCAAGGGUUCCAUUCACAUGUAUGACCACACCAAUCCAGGAACGGCUGAGCCCGUUGUGGAAUCUCACUUCGGUAACUUUGUAGGUGUGUCAGUGCUGGCCCCAGGUACAACACACUGUGUGUCUGUGAGAGUGAAUGGAGAAGUCCAGAUCUGGAGCCUCGAGGACAGUCGCGUCAUUGGAAGUGUUUCUGUUAACACAACCGCGUCAUGCAUCGCAGCAAGCCCGUCCUCCAGCACUGUUGCCGUAGGUACACUGUCUGGGCAUAUCUGCUUCGUGGACGCCUCGCGCAUGGAGCAGCCGCGCGUGGUCAAGAAGCACCACGUCCAUCGGAUGCCGGUCAAUCAUAUCAGCUACGAUACUGAGGGACGCUUCCUGUUCUCUGCCGGCGAGGAUGGUCAUAUUAUUGCCACCGACGCGCGACCUUCGACGGAAUUCAAGAUCCUUGCACAGACUCCUGUCACUGGUAACGUGGUGAGCAUCGCCACGAGCAUUGAUGAGAAACGGGGACCGGUCAAGGUGGUGGCUCUCCUCAACACCGACUCUUCCGUCAACACCGGCGCCGACAAGCUUGUGGCCUUUGAUGUUCCUGGAAACUUGGCAGAUGACUUGUCCAAUCUCCUAGCCAGUCCCAACUGUGAUUUUAAGGAAGACAUCGUGAAGAAGAUGGUAUUGACACUUCCCAGCCAAGCAAUGAGUGUCGCAGUAGGGUCUGGUGGAGAAGUCUACACCCUGUCCAUCAACAAACAGAUCCAGAAGAUGACUCUUCCAAAAGAACCACCAAAACAGAACAACGUUCAAGCUUGCCAGCUGCAGUCGGAAGCGGACUACCCGGUCCACGACCUGGCCGGCGGCACCCUCCUCCUCUCCUACCACAAGCGCUGGCUCCUCUCUGCCUCCCCCGACGGCAAGAUGACCAUCCGAAGCACGGACGCCAUGGAGAACCCGUUCAAUAUCCACUGCCACAGCUUCCAGACCGGCGGCGUUCAUCGGAUGUGCUUGACCCAAGAUGCCACUCAAGUACUGACCACAGGGGCUCAGGAUGGGACCAUGACGUGCUAUGCAUGGAAUAUGAAUAGCUUUAACUCCAUGGGGAAGACCAAGGCCAACUCUGCCAUCGAGGCGGCACGCUCCCACAAGUCUAUGCUUCAGGCGGUUCGUAAACGAGAGGACGAGGUCCUGCAGUCUAUGAGAGACUGGAGUCCUCAUUCUCUAGUGGGCUCCAGGACCGCAUCCCACGAGCACAUCUCGUCAUCUAAUGAGAAUAUGACUAUUGAGAAGGCGAUCGAAUCGGACCAAAUCUACAUGACACCUACCCCAACACUGACCGGUGACCCAGCAUGGAUGGAUGUCAAAGAACUGGAGGCUCUCCAUGAUGAGGACAAGCAGUAUGCUACUGUUAAGAAAGAUUUGAGAGGAGAGAUAAGAGAUCUACGUAGGAUGAUCCAAGAUAUGAUGAAGGUGAAUGAAACCUUGCCUGACAUCGAGAAGCUCGGCCAUGAUGAAUUCAAUUUGGACACGGAAGAACAGCAUAGGCUGCAGGCUGAAGGAGAGGCUCAAGUACAGCAGAUUCGUGAAGAGAUGGAGCUUGAAGACCUGGCCAAGAUGUACAUGAGAGAGACCAUCAAGAACGAAUGCUGGGACUCCAUGAUCAAUAAAGGUCGCAGUAUCAAGGCGUUCCAUUUCCCUCUGGAGGUGAGCAACUACCCGAUGAGAGAGAGAAGCAAGGAAGAGAAAGAGGAGUUGGAGUUUGUCAGCAACAUGAGACGCAUCGAGGUCGCUGAGAUGGCUGCAAGGAAAGAGAUUAUUGAACUGGGAGCCCAGAAAGACGCAUCUGGUGAGAACGAGGAAGGAGACGAGGAGUCUGAAGAAGGAGAAUCAGCAGGGGAUCCAGCUGCUAUCACCGGCUCCCUGGGAUCCCAGUACGGUGGAGCCAACGAUCUCUUCUAUAGUCAGUUUGAACUCCACACCAGACAGCAGAAAAACAACCAAAUUGUACUACUUCAGGAUGCUAUUUAUCGGAUCAAGCAGACGUACAACAAGAUCUUCGAUGAGGUUUACAAGCAGCGGGAGCAGGAGAUUGCUCGCAUCGAGGAGAAGAACGUCCGCAUCACCAAGAUCCUCGACGACCUCGCCAGCAGCGAGGAAAUCUGGCAGCCCGUCAUGGAUGCCGACGAGAAACCCGAGAAGCUUCUCACUGUCGAAGAUUCAGAGGUUACUGGGGAGAAGUUUAUAAGUGCCGAGCAGCAAGCCAAGAUGGACGAAGAAGCAAGGCUGGAGGAAGAGAAGAAGUUGGCUGCGAAGGGAGACAAUGCAAGGGAGAGAGCCCUGGACAUGAUGAUGGGUGGUGUGCUGGAGAUCAAGAAAGAGGAUGAACUCAAAAAGGACAUUCCAGUACCUAUCUUCAUGACUGUCAAAGGAUCGGAGGAGUGGAGCGAUGAAGAGAAGAAGAUCGCCGCGGAAUACGAGAAGAAAGUCAAGGAACUCAAUGAAGAGAGGGAGAAAUACAAGAAGACCCUCGAAGCAGAGUUGAAGAAGCUCCAGACCAUCAUUGCAGACACCACGGCUAACUUUGAUGAGAAGUUGAUGACCCUCUUUGCCAAGAAGGUCAAGACUGAGCUGGCACUGUUUCAGGAGGAACUGAAGAUUCUUCGUCUGAGUCGAGUGUUGAUGGUGGAGGAUGAGCUUGACGCCAGAGAGGAGGAGUUGACAAGACUUCUCACUUCAAAGAAGGCACUUAAGGCAACGAGCGUGACGUCCAUGGCGCAAGCCAAGAAGCAGGUUGAGCAGUACCGGGACACCUACGAUAUCAGGGUGGCUGAAGACAAGGUGAUGGAGAAGAACUUCAGGAAGGAAUUCCACGACGUCCAUCCGGUGCUCGUCGAUCAGCUCUUCAAACUCUACAGGCGUAGACCAAGAGGUCAAAAGCACGCUCGGAAAAGCUCCCUGACUGCCGAUACACCCGCCCAGGCCGCGGCCAAUCCGUACGGAGAGCGCCCCCUAUCUGCCCGACAGCCGAACACGACGGCUGCGAUGGUGAAAGCCCUGGAUGAACUCAACGAUGAGAGUCACAUGCCAGAGGGUGUCGAACCGCACACCUGGAGGCACAUGUGUGACCUUCGCAAGGCCAAGGUCAUCAGUGAACAGGAGGUAAAGGCUCAUGCACUGACCCUAGCUGACAUGAAUGGCUACUUACAGCGAAGACAGGAAGAAGAUGAAAGACUACGUGGCGACAUCGAUGACCUCCUUGAUGCUCUCAAUAGGUUGCGUGAAGAGCGUCUGAGGUUCACCUGCAAUCUUGAGGUACAGCUCGUCUUGAAGCAGGGUCAGGUGGAGGUCAACGUAGAUGAAUUCAUCGCAGACUUUGAUGACAGUGUGCUGCUUCAUCGUAGUGUGGUGGAAGAUCUCAAUGCCAGUAUUAGGCAACUUGGAGAACUUAAGAUCACAGCAAUGAAAGAAAGUAAAGACUUCAGAAAGGGCAUUCAUGUCUUAGAGUGGGAGCAUAAGAAGAUGAUAAUGCAGAUAGAAGAUCUACUCGAGAAAGCCAAAGUCAUUCAGAUGUUAAAAGUGUCAAGAGAACUCCAAGGGUUCCUUCAUAAUGAAGAUCACGAGGGAAAGAAGCAGCAGCAGAUUCAGACUCUAGAACACACUCUAGAAAACCAGAGAGCACAUCACGACAAAACCGUGGGUGAGAGGAAACAGACGAUCAGCAAACUGAAGCACGUCAUUCGACAAAAGGAAGUGGACAAUGCCACACUGGACAGAGAGCUAGAAGAAAUGACCGUCAUGGUUUCAGAGAGAAAACAUAUCAAUAAUGUAAAUGCGGCAGCAAGGAGCGACACGGGUUCGGCCAAGCGGAUGCAGGAUAUCGUCCAGAGGCGGAAGCUCGUUGACCUCGCCAAGGCACAGGCCCAGGAGGUUGCGGUUCUCAGAGCCGAGGUGGAGAGACUGCGCAUGCGUACCUUCCCUGCGCUGGUACAGGUCGAACGCUAGGUCAGGGGUCAAGGGUCACAUACGUGACCUUUUUUCUUCAAAUUCCACAUCUCUAUCAUUUCCAUUUGCAUAUCUCCAUUUAAGUACAUGUUGGCACCUCCAUGAUAUGUUCAAAGAUGGAUCUUUUAGAGGUUAGGUAGGGGUCACAUCUAAUCUUUGACCUUUAAUUUCAAACUUCACAUCACCACAAUAUUUUCCCAUUAAACUUUAAUCUUUAUUUCACUGCUAUAAGAGUGGUCUAAGGCCAUAGGAUAUACAGAUCGCAGUUAUCUUUCUAUUUUUUUUAUUUUAUUUUUUUUUCAAUCAGAUCUUGCUGAAAGGGAGGGAGAAGGUCAAUUGUCAUUUACCUGUGGCUUAUUUACUCCCAAGUUUUCAAUGCUAUGCACAUAUGUCAAAGGAAUUGGGAUUUAAUAGCAGAAUAGUAGCUGGAGAAGUGGUAUUGUUGUCUGAUAAUCAGUACAAAAUUCUUAAUACUGAAGCAGCAACUGGUCCAUACAUUAUUGUGAAAAAGCGACAGAAUGUGAUAAAAAAAUUUAGAAAAAUAUGUAAAAUGUUAUUCUAAAAAGAUAUGCUAUAGUCCAGGUUCUAGUCCUUGGACCCUUUUCAUAAAGUGAAACAACAGUGGUAACUUUUGUCAUUACGGCAACUAUCCUAACAGGAAGGUUCAGCAGCCAGUAACAAUCAAGGUUUUCAUGGUAGUUUAAAAGUUAUGAUAGUUGUCAGUUUUGUGAAAGAGGCCCCUGAUUGCAGCAGGCUAUAUGAAAAAAAAAUGUUCUACUUAGACUUGAGAUGAAAUAUUGCCUGCUAAUGCUUGUGACAAAGUGUAUUGAGUUUGACAUAUUGAACCUAAAGCGUCAUUCAUACAUGGCACAUGAAAGCUCAGCGAGCCUGCCCAGCAACAUUUCUGUGUAAAUGGUCAAUGAGGUGUCAGGAAAUGUGUUGCUCAUAUUCUCAUUCAGGCACUAAAUACCAGUUUCCCUUAACACAAAGCUUAGCAAUGAUCGUAGAACGAUUCCAUUGACUACAAUGUGCAAUCAGUCGUAAAAAUCAAGUGUACGAUUAAUCGCUAACCUUUGUGUUGUGGGACCCAUAGGUCUU